ACCGAACCCUCGCGAUACAGUAGCAAUUAGAGCUAGCUGGGAAGGCUAACACAGUAUCUCGGCGUACAGUGACGACCCUAACGCCAUCUUUUUGCUCCUUCCGCUCCACUCCUACUCGAAACAAUUGAGGAAGAUUUAGGUUAAAUCCCGCUCUAAAUCCGUUACCAGACAGGCUUCACUUGUUUCUGAAAUCCCAGAUUCCUUGAGGCUAAAUUCAUGGACGAAAUCGCUUCCCGGCAAGAGAAGGUGCGCAAGUUUGAGGAAUUCGUGGACCGUCGCCUCAAGCCGGACCUCGUCAAAGCUGUCGCCCAACGGGAUAAGGUUUUCCAGCGGCAGAAAGUCUUCCAAGAUCUCAGGAGGAAUAUACAGAACUUGGAGAAGAAUGGCGUGACUUCUCUCCGCACCAUGGUUAAUCUCGGGUCUGAAGUCUUCAUGCAAGCUGAUGUGCCUGAUACACGACAUAUUUUUGUUGACAUUGGAAUGGGUUUUCAUGUGGAAUUUACUUGGUCUGAAGCCUUGGAAUUCAUUUCAGUGAGAGAGUCGAGAUUAGCCAAACAAAUAGAAGAUUAUACCCACCUAAUAGCUACAGUGAAAGCCCAGAUCAAAUUGGUUUGCGAAGGUAUCCGAGAACUGCUUCAGAUACCAGCAGAGUGAGAAGAGGUGUUAUGCUUUGCUGCUUACUGAUUCUCAUACUGUAAGUGCUUCUUCAUUUCCUCAUUGGCGUAUAUGGUAGACACAACAACGCCGACACAAGUUUUAGCCGUAAUUAUGGCUGUUUAAGCAGAGAUGAUAGAGAUAGUUGUGUAUCCCGUACAGUAAAACUGAAUUCACCUAAUUUUAUUAAAGAUUGUACUCUCUUCAAAGAAAAGGCUGGUGGCUUAUCAUAUUUGCGUGUUAAUAUGCUGGCUGA